CUUGCUGCAAGUGUGUGUCUGUCUGUGUGUUUCCGUCGGCGGCUGGGGCUGUCAGUUACGGGCUCCGCGCUGUGUGCUGUAUGGUGUGUGCUGAGCCGUGCGGCGCUUCAUUUCGCUCAGAUGGUUCUUCCUGCUGCCCCCAAUACGGGAUACCCUCCCUCCCUCUCUUUCUUUCCGGGCUACCUAACUCCCGCUCGUACCUUCCAGGUUACCGUCACGCUGGGCAGUACUGUACCUACCUUACCUUACUCUACUAGCACCUACAUACUCCCUACCUUCUUAGGGCAAGACCCAACCAGAUCACCCACCCUAGACCCCGGUGCCCAUCCCUUCCAUCUUUCCCUGGUUGGCCACUCGGAUCCGCUGCCUUGUGUUUCUCGUGGCUUCCACCGAGUCUGUAGGCUCCCCUCCCCCCGCCGUCGGGAUAAUCUGCUGCCACGCCCCGCCGCCACGCACUCUGCCAUGUCUGGGACGAUAACCCCGUCGUUGUUGAACAAAACACCGUCUGGCCUCGGUCUGCUUUCCCUUGGCCUCCGCUACCCCCUAUCCAUGUGUCCGAUUCCAGGAGUGCACGACACCGUACACAGCGACUUCGCUGGACUCGUAGGGUGCCCCUGAACCGGGCUGGCUGACAAUUGCCCGGACGUCCCCUCGGAUUCCUGCUCCGCCCGGAGGAGAAGAUGAGCGCCGACUCUGCCGGUCAAGCGUCAUACACCAGUCCCUCGGCUCUGGCG